AUGCAUUUUCUACAAAUUUUAUUGCUGAUAAGCUGCAGCAUAUUGACACGAAGUUCACAAGUUCAAGCUGCAGCCACUUCCGCACAACCGGUUAUCAGUGAUAUAACUCCCGAUUUGGUGGCCAGUGUGGGAGAUGAUAUCGAAUUUAAUUGUACUGUGGAAAAUGUUGGUCGCAUGUCUGUCAGCUGGGCCAAACGGACCAGUGAAAUUGGCUCGGUGGUCCUGUCCAUGAGAAACAUCCUCAGUUUAAGUGAUCCCCGCUACACAAUUGUGGAAACCAACGAUGAUAAGGCCAAUAAGGCCACCUAUACCUUCAAAAUAACCAAAAUUGAGGCCACCGAUAUGGGCACAUACGAAUGUCAGGUCAUUCUCACGGCCACCGAUAAAAUUACCAAGAAACUUAAUUUGGCCAUUAAACAUCCGGCCAUAAUAUCCGAGGAAAAUACCCCCAAAUCUAUGCUUGUCACCGAAGGACAAAAUUUGGAAAUUAGCUGCCAUGCCGAUGGUUUUCCCCAGCCCACCAUUUCCUGGGAACGUGAAAAUCGUGCCAUAAUGCCGGCCGGUGGUAACAGCUUUGAUGGUCAAACUUUACGCAUCAAGGAGGCGCAUCGUUUGGAUCGUGGUGGUUACUAUUGCAUUGCCUCAAAUGGUGUGGGGCAACCAGAUCGCCGUCUCAUUCGUGUCGAAGUGGAAUUCCGUCCCCAAAUCUCAGUGCAACGUCCCAAAAUUGCCCAAAUGAUAAGUCAUGCGGCCGAACUGGAAUGUACUGUACAAGCCUACCCGGCACCGGCCGUAUUUUGGUAUCGCAAUGGCGCUAAACUGCAGUCUGGGUCAAAUUAUAAAAUCUCCAAUACAGCCUCAUCGCAUGAGUCCACCACCUCGGUUCUGCGCAUCAAUAGCGUUAAUGAACUGGACUUUGGUGACUACUAUUGUAAUGCCACCAACAAAUUGGGACAUGCCGAUGCCAGAUUGCAUCUCUUCCAGCCUGUUAUACCAGUACCUUCAAUGUAG